GGCAAGAUAAAAGGAAGAAGUGACUAAUAGGAAUCUUAAUGGCAACUAUUGAUUAAUGGGAGAGUCUUCGGCCACACGGGUACUGAUAGACUCCAUAUUCUACUCCAUUAUUCUCCAAGGCCCAUAAAAGCUUCAGGCAUUAAAUAAGGGACCAGCAAACCGUGAGCCACUUACUGUAGUUGAUCCACAUUCGCCAGGCAGUAAGGAUAGUCAGCAUGGAAUAGACAGGCGGUCCUUGCAGCAGUGAGGAAGGCCGUGAUGAUCAGCUGACCACCCAAUCAGCUGACUGUGGGCGGCGCCAAGACCUCCUCGUGGCCCCCUCCUCGCCCUCAGCACAGUGUUGUGGUGAAGGCACAGCAGCAGCAGCAGCAGCAUGGGGGCCGAGAGCAGCAAGAAGGUGGUGCGGGCGCAGAAGGAGUACUUCACCCCAGAGGAGCGUCAGAGCGUGCUGGCCAACGGACAGAAGCUGGCUGGGAGCAGCGGCAACAUAACUGUGCCAUCAAUGGAGAAACACAUCUCCAAGUACUACGGCCCAGAGAUUGCCGCAAGGUUCGUCAAGGUGUUGAUUAGAGGUAAAACGCCCACCCCCACCUUCCUGAGCUGUCCCAUGCUAGUGGACAGCCUGGGGCCACUGGUGAAGGGCACCGUGGAGCAGCACCUCUACCUCACUGUCACACUGGCGGGUGGGGACCAGGCGGGCGUGGACAGUGACAACAUUGUGAAGUACCUGGAGAUGGUCCUUGGCGUGUACCUGCGGGUGAUCUUGGGCGGGGCGGGGUGUCGCGGCUGGGCGAGUGGCGGCUCAGGGGACAAGAGCAUCGGCCAGGUGUGCCGCGCUGUGCUGCACGACCUGCUGCACGCCGGCGCCACCUUCAAGGAGACUUGGGGGAAACCUCCUCCAAAGGCCCAGUUCUCUUAUGAGGCGUUUGAAAGAUGGUACCUCGGCCACUCCCUGUUCACCUCCCUGGAGGCGGAGGUGGUGGGCGGCUGCUUCUCAGUGUCCACCGCCGGGCCCACCAACCUCCUGCCCCAGCCGUCCCUCACCCCCAAGAGCUUCCCCAACUUGCUGUCUGCUGCCCAGGUGCUCUUUCUCAACAGUUCCCUCCCGACAGCUCUCCAGAGUGAGUGGCGCUUCAUCUUCUCCACCGCCACGCACGGGUGGAGCUUCAGCAUAUUCAUGAAGCAGAUUGUCGGGAAGGGACCCACGUUGCUGAUCAUUCAGGACCAGUCGGGGAACAAGUUUGGUGGUUUUGCACCGGUGUCGUGGGCAGUGAAGCCACAGUUCCAAGGCACACCCGACAGUUUCCUGUUUGCGCUGGAGCCCCAGGUCGGCAUCUUCCACUCCACCGGCUUCAACAACAACUUCAUGUACCUCAACUACCUGGAGAAGAACACCAUGCCCAACGGCCUGGGCAUGGGGGGCAGGGAGGAGCUGUUUGGACUCUGGCUUGACUACGAUUUUGGCAAGGGUUCUGUUGCCCCAACCUGCACCACCUUCCGCAGCCCCCAGUUCAGCCCCAACCAGGAGAUUGAGGUGAAGGCCGUGGAGGUGUGGGCACUAGGGCCGGAGGACGAGGACUCUGAUGACGAGGAAGGGAAGAGGAGUGCACUGGACAAGAAUCCCGAGGCGAGUGCCAUGCUGGAGAUGAUGGGCAAAGGGCGGGUCAGCGAUGGCUACAGGGAGGAGGACAAGGAAUAGCUGCACCACCACCACCUCCAGGCCCACACCCUCUGAGCAACAAGGUCAUGGCUGGUCACUGUUGUUGUGGCUGUUGUCAUGGGGGGUGGCAGCUUGCGACGUCCUAUUAAUGCAUCCCUUUCAGUACUGUUAAUGUCCACUGUAGUCACCCUUAUUUAUGCUAGUGUCUGUCAGGUAGUUUUUUUUUCAACUCCCAUGGGUCGGGCAAACAAAUUAUACAAGAGAGAUUGGAACCUAGGAUCAGGAAGUCAUUAUGUGGAGGUCUUAGCUUUGUCAUCACAGAGAGCUGCUAGAUACUAAUUAGGGUAUGUUCACUCAUUUAUAUGCACCAUUCCAAUUACAGGUGACCCCCACUUUAUGAAUGGGUCACAUUCCUGAAAAAACAUUUGCUAAGCAAAGUUUUGUCAUGCAAAUGCAUUAAUUAUGACAAUUUAAAUGGAGAUGGGUUCCAGGACUUAGAUUUUUACCCCAUCCACCUGCAUUAAAACAUUUUUUGCUCAAGCUAAAUCAAUACUCAAAGUUAAUCUUGCUGGAGUAACCACUGUCAACAAUGUGUUGCUUAUGUUCACGCUUGAACACAUUUGAAGCGAGUUGAUCAGCACGGACAGACUCAUCUGUACUCCAUGUUGUCUAGGCCUGGACUGGGAUUUACAAAACGUAUAAGUUACAUCAUAAGCUAACAUUUGUAGUUUACAACUUAUGGGCAACCUGUGUUACUGCCUAAUUCAGAAUGAAGGUUGCAGCAAUGUUGCACAAAAACUAUAGCUGGAGAAAGACAGCUGAGUGAUGAAUGCCUUCUUGACAUUGUCUUGAUGGCAUUGAACUUGCCAGGGCAUCACAGUGGCCUACUCAAAAUAUGCCAGCCAGUCACAAGGCAGCUGCUGCUCAGCCCUUACAAACUUCCUACUAGGUAGGUUCAGCAGAAGACAAGGAGCAGCACCUUUGAUGUUUGGGAGAGGCAAGUCACCUGACUGUGAACAUGCUUUCUCCAGUGCAACAGUUUUCUAAGGAGUUGAGUUGAAGGGCAAUUUCAAAGAUAUGCAAAUAUGUCACAAAAAAAGUAGAAAAUAUUUAGUAAAAAUACAGAUUGAUUAACCUUUCUUGCUUUCUUGAUUAACCUUUCAGUUGAAACGGAUGAGCUACAUAAUCUUAAUAUUUACCGCAUGACAGUAACUCGUACUGUUCUGGAUGGUAGGGCGGGUGUGAAUGGCACACAUUUUCUCCAUUAUUGGCACUGUGGUGGAGGAGAAUGCCAGUUCUGCUUACCAAAAUUGGCUGACUGGAUACUCAGAUUAGUCGCUGAAGGAGAGGGAGGAGGAGGGAGGUUGUUGGAAAUUAGUGAGCUGAUAGCGUGCUCGGACAAAAAUUACCCAGAGAAAAAAUGCAAGAUUUGCAAAAAUCAAUUUUCAUUUAGUGGCCAUUUGUAAAGUGGAUGUCGCUUGCAGUAAGCAUAUGACGAAAAAACUACUUGCAAAAAUAUUUACUAUAUAUGAAAAUGAGCAUCAGAAUGUUAUUGAUCUUUAUUUUAAAUUUGUAUAUUACCUCACCAUAAUUUUCAAGAAUAGUUUUAUUCUUGUUGUGAGUGUUGAUUGGAAGGGUGCAUACAGAGGGACAAACAUGCCUUAAAUAGUCUGCUGACACUGUUCUUUUGAAGUGUAUUUUCACCAUCACAGAGGUAGCCAACAUGCUAGAGCAAGUCUUGGCUGGGGUAUGUUUAUAAAUUUGAACACAGCAGUUCCAAUUAGUACUUAUACCAAGGGAAGUAUAAUAUGGAAAAUUGAGCUGAUAUAUAAAAAUUCAAUGCUGUCAAAAUAGCUGCAAUAUUAAUCUAUUUUGACCAUAUUCAAUUUUUAUACCUCUGCACAAAUUUCCAAAGUAAUUAUUUCCUUGGCAUGAUUACUAAAUGGAAUGGCACACACAAAUUUGCAUACAUGUCGCAACACUAGGCCGGUGUUAGCGUUAUGGCACAGCACCGAGGCACCAGCACCGCCACGCACGGCUGGCCGCAUCACAAGACCGUCCACGAGACCAAUGAAUCUCCGCCACUGCUCUGUGUUCUCCCGGCCGGCUGCCACUUAUGACCCAAGUGGCAAGAGGUGAGGUGGGAGGAAAGAUCAAGCUUUGCACUCCAUGGAUGAAGCGUUACUUUGGUCUUUCAUCAGUUUGGAUUUUGGUGGUUUUGUUGACUUUCUUUGUAUGGGUUUGGUAUGAUAUUCCAUUGCAGUACAUAACGAGUGCUGUAAUUGUUGCUUUCAGUGUUUAUGUUCAUGUAUAUAGUCUUAGGUUAAGUGGUGUUAUUUAAAAGAAACAAGAAGUGUGCAAUUUUGCUAGUCAAGAAGAAAGACAGUUACUGCGAGGACUGAAUAUCACUAAUGAUUUCAGGAUUGUAUUGUUUUUUUCAGAAUCGCUGAAUGCAUUCUUUUCCUCUUUCUUUAUACAAGUGAGCAUCAUGCAGGGCUUGAUGUUCCUUCUUGCAGUUAGGGUGCAUUUGCCAGUCUCUGCACCAUUCCAGGCAGUACACAAAAAAAUAUUUGAAAAUUUGAAAUUAGGCACAAAAAUUAAACUACUGACAGUAUGAAGAAUGUAUCAGUCUUUAUUUUGACAAUUUAUCUUCAUGGCCCAGAUCAGUUUCAUAAGUAUGUAUUUUGUUGACGUAAUUGCUAAUUGUAAUGUUGUGUAGGACUUGGCAAGCACACUGACACGAGCUGCUUGGGACAUGAGCGAGUUGUGCAAGGUUUGGGGGAAUAUAGAGUUGACUAACAUUCCAGAGGUGUCUUUGUGGUCUGACUUUGGACAAAUGAAAGUAAUUUGAUGUGCUAAUAUAAGACUGUAGAUGAUUGUACAUUAAGAUAAUCCAUGUCGUAGUUUUAACUGUAGUUUUAAGUCAAGGGAGAGUACUGUUUAGAAGCGAUAAGAAGUCCUUCUGUCUUGUCACUUCUCAAGGGAAAUGUAAGGAGUGCUUGCUAACUUGUACACACCAUUCCAGUUUGUACUCACAUCAGGAAACAAACUAGAAAACUGAGCUGUGCUAUAUAAAUAAGCUAGUCAAAAUAUAGGUACUUUAUUUUGACUAAUAAAUUUUUUAUACUCCAGUCCAGUUUUGUAGAGUUCCAUACAGUCGGCCCCUGUAUUCAUGGGUUUCACAUCUGUGGCUCAAAAUUACACUCGUCACCCCUCAUUUGUGAGGGUUAAGGGACACUGACCCCCCGUGAACAGAGAAUUUAUGUGACUGUUUGGCAAGCCACCCAAGUCUCAAGAUCCACAAAUAAAUACAGCAAAUUUACACAAACUGUACCUAAUAAAGCAUUUAUGUUACCUGAAAGCAGCAUAAA